GAUUUGCUCGAUGUGACCCACACGGUGCAUUAUUUGAACUAUUACUCCCAACGCCUGUCCAGUAUCGCCGAGGCCAGUCGAUUCCCAGUCGCCCCGGACAGUCGAGAACCGCUCAGUCAACUGGAAGCGGAACGGGUGGAACGACAGAAAAAAUUGGCUCAACUGGAAGCGGAUAUGGAGGCGGUUUCGGAACGUACGAAAAAACAAGAAGAGAUGGAACGUGAACUAAGUCAACGAAUGGCUCAGCUCAAUGAACAACUUACCAUACAACUGGCUGCGUACGAGAAGGAUCGACGUCAGUUCGAUGAGGAUCGUGCAUUGUGGGAGGCUGAGAACCGCGAUGCCCUGGAUCUGAUUCGCUCCUCCAUGGACAAGUUGGAUCUGAAGGAGAAAGCCCGUACGAAACGCAAGGGACUGUUCUAA